UUUGGCUGUUGUUCUGUUCGUAUGGUUCCAUCUGACAAUGGGCCUCUGGCACCCUCCUUCAAGAGAUACAAUGGAGCCUCGUCACGGUAUUAUGAAAGCCUUUCCCAAAGUUAAAAGAGCCAGAGUGUUACAGGGAAAGGAUGCUCCCCCAGUGAAGAAGAAACCUGAAGAACAUGAUGUCAAAGGAAACUGUUUUAAAGGCGUCACAGUGUACAUUCUGCCUGCUGGAAUAGGAAAUGCCAGAUGCCAGAUCUUUGAAAGGCAAAUUGAGCAGAAUGGAGGACAGACAGAGAGAGCGCUGUCUCCCGGCGUCACCCAUGUUGUUGUGGAUGACAGCAUGGACAGUGACAGGGCGUUGCGAUUACUUAAAGUGGAUUGUAUGCCCUCUGGAGUCCAACUGGUGAAAUGCAUUUGGUUGAGCUCGAGCAUCACUCAGAAACAACUGCUGGAUGUCGACAGCUACAGCCUUCUUUUACCAAAGAGGCAAUCUGAAACAAAGAAUGAAAACAUUGAAGAAGAGCUACCAGAUGUCCAGCCGACUGCAAACGCUAUUGUUGAGCCAACGUCUGAUCACAGCAAGCAAAAGGGGACCUUAGACAUGGCAGUCCUAAACACUCAAGAGGAAGUGCGCGGAGAAGAAGACGGGGUCUCUCAGAGUGACCUGGAAGCUCUUAUCACUGGUCAAACCCCCCAAGAGGAGACUCCUGGCCCCAGCCUGGAGCCCGCUACAGACUCUGCUGCUCAGAGCGUCGUCCCAGGGAAGUGGGUCUGUGCCCAGUCUUCUCAGUCCAAAAGUAAUAACUUCAACAAGGACAUCACAGACAAACUGGAAGUGCUGGCCAAGGCCUACACUCACCAGGGGGACAAGUGGAGGGCACUGAGCUACUCCAAGGCUGUCAACGCUCUGAAGAGUUACCACAAGCCCAUAACAUCCUACCAGGAGGCUUGCCAGAUCCAAGGAAUUGGAAAACGCAUGGCUGACAAAAUCGAUGAGAUCAUGGAGAGCGGUCACCUGCGGAAGCUAGACCACCUCGGGGAUGCUGUGCCAGUGUUGGAGCUUUUUACUAACAUCUGGGGUGCAGGGACUAAAACUGCACAGCUGUGGUACCAACUGGGAUUUCGCACACUGGAGGACAUCCGAACAAAAGCCCACCUGAGCACCACUCAGAAAAUAGGACUCAAGCACUACGAUGAUUUUCUGGACCGAAUGCCCAGAGAAGAAGCAGCUGCCAUAGAGAAAGUGGUAAUGCAUCUUCAUCUGUCGCAAUAUUUACAUAUAUCAUUCUGUAUAAAAGACUGAAGUAUGCCUGCAUCUUUCACCACUUUUAAUAUGUAACAUGAGGUGAGGUAUCUCUGAAAAAAGAUUCCCCCUCUAGCCCUCAGUAAUUUGGAAGGAGAUGCUGGAAGUAGAAAAACGGUUGUGUCAGCUUUCCUUGACUGCUUGAUAAUGGGAAAACCAGACGGAGCAUCCCAAAGGGGAAAACUACUCCUUAAAAGUAGCCGCAUCUUACGUUAGCCAGAUACCUGUUCACUCCAGGGCGCUGAGUACAAGACUAGUUGUUUUCAUAUUGUAUUACUUAUUUUUCCUUGAAAGCUGCCAGAUAGAAAGUGCACAUUAGAUAGAUGACUAAAGCAGGUGUAUUCCCUCCGGCUUGUCAAAAAGAUGAUGUGCUGGUUCAGCAAACCUACCUCCCAGGAUAAGGCUAAAAAGCGUACUUGUAAGAGUAAAGAACAUAUCCAAAUAUUUGAAAAAAUCCUCCAUCAUACUCGGAA